AUGAAGUUAGAAGGUUGUAUUGGUGAUGAUAAUUUUGAGUGGCUGUUCGAGUUUUUAAAGGACAUGAUAAAGCCACUGGCUGCUACAUCAAUGCUGCUCAUGGCCGUGAUUCGUGCAGAUACUAGUGUAGACAUUAUUGACAGCCUAAGCCUAUACGAUAGGGAUAACUUAGGGCCUGUUUUGGACUUAAUCCAUACAGCAUCAGAAUCAAAUAUACAGCAGCAGCAAGUCCACAAAUCUGAUCAGACUCAGCCUGCAAAUAGCUUGGACAAAUAUGGUCAGUUUCGGAUCGUUGACACUAUUGAUAGUCAUGACACAGUUUGGAGCACCAUAAGGAGGAAUGUUUUGGGCCCUCAAUUCCUGUUCCUCUGUGUGCUGAAUUUGCCCCUAACCCAAUCCCACGAAUAA